AUGAGCUCAUCCAACUCCAACUACAAAGACACCACUCCUGUGGAUGUGUCUUCCACUCUUUCACAAUCUAGUCCACAGUCGUCCUCAGAUGCAUUAAUAAAUACGCCAGCGGAGGUCGAGUCGACCUUCUCUGAGUCAAGCACCACUCCCCUGAGAAUGGUCAUUGUCUUGACGUUAGUGUCAUCCAUCUCAGGAUUUAUGUUUGGUUACGAUACCGGUUACAUUUCAUCUGCAUUGGUCAUGGUUGGUACGGACUUAAGUAACAAGGCUCUUACCUAUGGAGAAAAGGAAUUCAUAACGUCAGCUACUUCCUUGGGUGCUUUCAUAGGUGCAAUCCUUGGUGGUGUUUUGGCUAAUUUCAUCGGAAGAAAGAAGGUCCUUCUCGGAUCCAAUAUUAUUUUCGUUGUCGGAACUAUAAUACAAGUCGUUGCUCACACCGUCUGGACCAUGAUUGUUGGUAGAUUUGUGUUGGGCUUUGGUGUCGGUAUUGCCUCUUUGAUCUCUCCCCUAAUGUUGAGUGAAUUAGCUCCUUCAAAGUAUAGAGGUCGUCUUAUAGUGACCAAUACCUUGUUCAUUACCGGUGGUCAGUUAGUUGCUUACUUCAUUAAUUGGGGGUUAACUAACGUCAAGCAUGGUUGGAGAGUCUCCGUUGGUCUUUGCAUGGUACCUCCAGUAAUCCAAUUUGUCUUGUUUUGGUUUUUACCUGAUACUCCAAGAUUCUACAUCAUGCAAGGAGACGUUGAAAUGGCCAAAAAGGUUAUCAGACAAACACACAAUGAAGUCCCAGAAUCUUAUGUUCUAGCAGUGGUUGAUGAAAUGGUGACUUCCAACUCCCGUGUUCCAGGCUCAAACCCCUUGCAGCAAGCUUGGAACUCCAUCAAAAUAAUCCAUAAGACUCCUGCAAACUUCAGAGCAUUGAUCUUAGCAUGUGGACUUCAAGGCAUCCAGCAAUUCACAGGCUUCAACUCCUUGAUGUACUUCAGUACUACCAUUUUUGAAACAAUUGGUUUUGAUAAUGCUACUGCUGUCUCAAUCAUCGUUGCCGCAACCAAUUUCGUAUUUACCAUGGUAGCAUUGUGCAUAAUUGAUAAAGUUGGUAGAAGAAGAAUUUUACUCUUUGCUAUCCCAUGUAUGUGCGGAUCUUUGGUUAUCUGUGCCAUUGCAUUCCACUUCUUGGGAGUCAAAUUCACCAAUGGAAGCAAUGUCGACGUUGCUGCCAAGGGUAUUACCGCUUGGGGAGUCAUUGUUAUUAUCGGUAUGGUCCUUUUCGUUGCAAGUUAUGCAAUUGGUAUUGGUAACAGUGCCUGGACUGGUGUUGAAUUGUUCUCAGAUGUAAACGUUAGAUCUAUGGGUGCCAUGUAUGCUGCCUGUACAAACUGGGCGGGCUCCUUAGUUAUCGCAUCAACGUUUUUGACCAUGUUAGAGAAUAUCACGCCAACAGGUACAUUUUCCUUUUUUGCCGGUUUAUGUCUCAUUUCCUUUUUGUUUAUCUUCUUCUUAUAUCCAGAAGUUGCAGGUUUACAAUUGGAAGAGACCACGGAAUUGUUAUCACACGGUUUUAAUGUUAGGGAAGCUAGAAAGUUAUCUGCAGAAAGAAAGAAAGCAUCCAAGUUUUCUAAACAGGCGCAAAGAUCUGUUGUGUAA